GCCACCAAGCCCGCGGCCAGGGCGGCGCAGACCGGCCCAGCGACUCUUGGGUUGCGCAGGGACGCGCCAGCGCGCCCGUCACUGGACCCCCGGGCUCGACGACACGAGGCCGCCUCAGAGCAGUCUGUCUGAGCACGCAGGAGCCGGCUGGAAGAGGCCACUUGUGACCACAGGAUCCCUUUUCCAGGAAGCACCUUGGAGGCAGAGGGCUCUGAGGAACGUCAGUGCUGGCUCCGUGGCAGGUGGUGCACACAAAACCUUGGCAGGGCGCCUCCUUUCUCCUGACCUCUCCAGGUCUCCACCCCAGGACAGGGACCACCCGUCUCCUCGUGUCCUCUCUGAUCACCAGCCUCACCAGAACCAGGGGCAGGGCCUCCGGGAGAGAGAAGCAAUAGACUCCCCCAGCCUCAGCACUGGGGACAGCGCCGUCGUUCAGUCAAGGGUUGGCUUCUGCUCCGCCAUCUUCGUCAAUAAAAAGGCUGAGAAGGGUCCCUGAGCCCAGCCCGCCACCUUCCCUGGCCCUAGCUGGGCAUGGACCAGAAGUUGUAAGCAGCCAAAGCGGAUGCCCGGCCCCCAGGGGGGCACAGGAGCCCCCACCAUGAGCCUGGGCAAGCUGUCUCCCGUAGGAUGGGUGUCCAGUUCCCAUGGAAAGAGGCGCCUGACAGCAGACAUGAUCAGCCCCCCACUCGGGGACUUCCGCCACACCAUGCAUGUGGGCCGUGGUGGGGAUGUCUUCGGCGACACUUCCUUCCUCAGCAACCAUGGGGGCCGCUCUGGAGACACCCACCGCUCACCCCGAAAUUUCCUGGCCAGGAAGCUCCAGCAGGUGCGCAGGGUGGGGGUGCCGCCUCGAAGGAUGGCCUCCCCCACUGCGUCCUCACCUGCGCCCCCUGCCGUCUCGCCCAUCAUCAAGAACGCCAUCUCCUUGCCCCAGCUCAACCAGGCCACCUAUGACAGCCUGGUGGUGGGCAAGCUCAGCUUUGACAGUCCUGCCAGCUACACAGACGGCCGCUAUGGUUACGGCCUAGAUUCAGGGUUCUGCACUAUCUCACGCCUGCCACGUGUGGAAAAGCACAACAACCGAGACCGUGACCAGGACCGGAACCGGGACCGGGACCAGGACCGGGACCAGGACCGGGACCAGGACCGGGACCGGGACCGGGACCAUGCUCAAGACCGAGAGCAGAAUUCCUUCCCCUGUGAGCCAGAGCUUCGACGCUCUGACUCUCUCUUGUCUUUCCGUUUUGACCUUGACCUAGGUCCCUCGCUCCUCAGUGAGCUGCUGGGAGCCAUGAAUCUUUCAGAAGCCCCAGUAGCUGAGACCCCAGCCCCUGCUGCCAAUCCCCCCACCUCAGCAGCAACGCCCCCUGCCCCGACUGCAAAACCCCCAACCCGUGCCGUAACCACCCUAGACCCUGUGACAAGCCUCCCAGCUCCUGCAGCAAGCCCCCCGUCCCAUGGACAUUUCCCCAAUGGGGUAACUGCUGUAUUGGACCCUGUGGCUGAGGUAAAGCCCAGUCCUGUGGGAGAGAAUCCCCAGGUACCUCCCGGCAUGGCCUUUGGCGGGUGUGGAGCCGGCUGGGGUGCCAGCCGGGCCAGCCGCCACUACACUGAAAUGCAUGCUCGACAGGAGCUGGCAGGGGUGCUGCCCCAAGUCCACGGCUCCUGGGAGAGCCUGAAUGAAGAAUGGAGCGCACCGCCUGCCAGCGGCAGAGCCCCCGUGCCCAGCACGGUGCAGGCCAGUGCCUUUGAAUUUGCUGACGCUGAGGAAGAUGAUGAAGUCAAGGUGUGAGGCCCUGCCAUCCUCAGGACUCACAGAGAGCAGGGGCUGAGCUCACCACCGUCACCUAACAACCACAUCUGCCCAACUGGAGCUAGCCCCAGAUCCCUCCUGGUCUAUGCAAGGCAGACAUGGGUGAGGGGAUCCUUAGUGACUUGAUCCAACUCCCUCCACUGCAUCUAGGCCCACUAAUCCUUGGUCACACCCCAUGCCAACCCCAUGACCUCACAGUGUGGCUUUUGUGCCCCAGAUGACUCCUGGCUGGGGGGAGGACCACACAGGGCCAUUGUCUCCGGGUGGACUGCCUGUCCCUGCUCACUUAGAGCCGCCCCAGAAGGCCACCACUGCGUCCUCAACAGCCCUGUUCCAGGCUCCUCCUCAGUUCCAGAGAAAGGUCAGGUGUGACCUUGCAGCAGAUUCUGUCUUCUGCGUGCCGCAGCCGCCUGUGCCUGAACGUAAAAGCCUUCCUGAUAAAAGUUAACUGCCUAAGAAGCCAAGGGGCAGCCCCGACUCAGAUGCCCUUUCCCCUGCUGGGAGUUUGGAGAGUUGAGGACCCCCUUUCAGGCUCCCCAGCUAGAAGGGGGGGUGGAAAGGUAAUGAGUAACCAACCUGGAAUGCUCAAUGAUAAGAGGCCCAGGUGGGACCCUUAUCUGCAGUUCCUGGAACACCCUGGCCCCAGGUGCCUGGAACCAGUAUCUGCCCCAUAAUCCCGCGGGGCAGCUUGGCAGGUGCUCAGGUGGCCAGGAGGGAGGCAGGUUUACAUGUACAGGGUGGCUCGGGGGCACCUCCCACCCUCUCCUCUCCGCAGCGAACGCCCUGUGCCUCAGUUUCCAACCUUAUACCAAAGGUGGGGAGCGUCAGCCCACAUGGGAAGUGCUAACAGAUCUCAGUGUAGAAAUAAUAAAUGUGGAUUCUUUUA